AUGUCACAAUUAAUUAAACCUGCCAGACUAUUAUUAUUAGGGGCUCCAGGUUCCGGUAAAGGUACUCAAACAACGCGAUUGCUAAAACAAUUUCCAGCCAUCAGUAGCGUAUCAUCUGGUGACCUUUUGAGAAAAGAAAUCUCGAGCAAAACACAAUUAGGUCUGUUGGCAUCUGGGUACAUACAGGAAGGUAAGUUAAUUCCAGAUGAAUUGAUAAUUAAUUUACUUACUUCUUAUUUAAGUAAUAAUAAAUGGCUCACACCAAAAUCGACGUGGUUAUUAGAUGGAUUCCCACGAACUCAAAACCAAGCUAAAGUCUUAGAUUCAACUUUAGACAAGUUCAACUCAAAAUUAAAUCUAGUUGUAGAGUUAAAUGUCCCAGAAGAAGUUAUACUUGAACGUAUAGAAAACAGAUUUGUGCAUGUUCCAAGUGGCAGAGUUUAUAACUUACAAUAUAAUCCUCCAAAAAUCCUUGGUAAGGAUGACAUAACUGGCGAGCCAUUGACAAAGAGACCCGAUGACAAUAUUGAAGUUUUUGCCAAAAGAUUACAAGAAUAUAAAGUUACUAUGGGCCCAUUGAAAGAUUACUAUGAAAAUCAAGGUAUCUUAAAAGUAGUGUCUGGUGAAACAUCGGAUAUCAUAUUCCCUAAGUUAAAAGAGUUAAUUGUUAAUAAGUUUGACUGA